GAAACGGGCUCCAGAGAAAACCGAAGAAGAAGACAAUAAUGUUUCCAUCUGUCAAGAAGACUCUAAAAUAAAACUAAAGUUUGUGACUAAAGUCGGUGUCAACCGAGGGAGAUUUACCGGCCGUGGCAGGCAGUUGUUUGGGUCAAUGUCUGCUGGAAAUGGCGGGACAAAGUCAGCCCGUUGUUAGCAAGGUCAAUAUGAAAGUCUUCAUUCCUGCUUCUGGACCUGAAAACAUCACUGUGCUGCCAAAACUAAAAGAUCAACCAGAGAGGAAAAGCCACAUUGUGAAGACUGGACCUUCUGGGUAUUAUUAUCAGGGUGUGUGGCGAGCUCUCAAGGGUACCACAGUUCGCCAGUUCUACACCACAAUGAUGAGUCAGUGUCUGAAAGGCAAGGUGGUCCACUUUUUUGGAGACUCCACCAUCAGGCAGUGGUUUGAAUACCUGAACUCAAUAUUACCAGAUCUCAAGGAGUUUAAUCUGCACAGUCCGAAGCAAACAGGACCUUUCAUGGCCUUGGACUAUGCAAACAACAUUUUAGUGACAUAUCGCUGCCACGGACCCCCUAUCCGUUUUGGCAACGUCCCACUCAGUCAACUGCGUUACAUUGCCAAUGAAAUAGAACAUGUGGCUGGAGGCACCAACACUGUUGUAGUUAUUGGCAUCUGGUCGCACUUCAGCACUUUCCCUGUCGAGGUCUACAUCCAGCGGUUGCAGGGUAUCCGGAAGGCCGUGGUACGGCUGCUGAACAGGGCUCCAGGUACCAAGGUCAUCAUCCGGACUGCAAACCCCAAAGCUCUGACGCUCUACGAGACAUUGACCAACAGCGACUGGUACUCAAUACAGCGGGACAAGGUUCUGAGGGCUAUGUUUGAAGGAGUGAAAGUCCAUAUGGUGGAUGCAUGGGAGAUGGGCCUGGCCCACCAUCUGCCACACAAGCUCCACCCACAACCGCCUCUUGUCAAGAACAUGAUCAACGUUCUCCUAUCUUACACAUGUCCUUCAAAAGCAGUGGCGGGCGGUGCAUUUCACACUUAGGCCUUCAGUGAUGUCCAACUUAAUCAAUAAAUACCUUUCAUUAUGCCAGCAGUCAUAACACGGGGACUGGAGAGUAGUUAGAAAACACACUUAAGCACUACUCAGUCGUGUACAAAAUGGGCUAUUAUCCGGCACAUUUUAAAAAUCAACAAACCCGCAUCAGCAAUUAAAACUUAUCUGGUAAUCUACUGUCAAAACUUAAAGAUAAAAGGGUUUUUAAAAUUAACUUAAAAAAAAAAGCUUCAAACAAUGAUGAGAAAACUGGCUUAUAGGCUUCUGGCCUGUUGUUGCUGGUACAUCUCAGUUAUAUAUAUAAAAAAAAAAGAUCUUUCUAAAAAGUUUUAAUAAAUGAGUCCACAAAAAAUAUGCAAGCUUUAACAAGAUUGUACAAUAAAUUGCAAAAUCAUAGUUUAAUAUCAGAAACACUAACAAGACGGCCAUACUUUGGCGACAGCGACACAAUAAACAAGUCUCUUUAUGAAAAACCUUUUCAAGUAAUGACGUAUCACGUCUUUCUGUGACCUGUUGCUUUGAGUACAACCAGAGUGGCGACACUUCCAUAGGACUCCGUUGUAAAACAUGGCGGACAGCACUUCCUGGUGAUGGAGCCUCUAUAGUUCCACAAGUGGCGUUGAUUUCAGUGGCCGCACGUCGAGAAACUCCUGAGGUAAGGCGAUGAAAUAUCGACCAAUUUUAAGUCAUUAUGCGUGUUUAUUAUAUCGGAGGCGCUUUUUAAGUUAGAUAUGAAUUUUUUCAAUUUUUAAAUUCAUAGAUUUAAUAGACCAAAACAUUGCACAGUGAUUUAAACACUGCAGGAGUAGAUCACCUGUUACCAAUGAAUUAAUUAUAUUGUUUACCUCUGAUUUAAAAAAAAUAUGACAUGUUUAUAUGGGAUGUUGAGUUUAAUUAUUUUAAAGGUAAUCCUGAAAGAGCCUUGUGAAGUUUCUGUUGUCAAUAGACUCCACAAGUGGGGUAGCUAUAAAUUACAUGAGCUGCAAAAUAAUGUUGUGGCUGUUCCUUUUCUUAGUUGUGUAUGUGAGUCAUGUUUUCUUCUUGCAGGGUUUGCUGUUCCUAAAGCGAUGCCGUCUCCACCUCCAGGAAUGGGAACAAAGUGACCACCCUUUGCUGAGUCACUUUUUGAUUUAAAAGCAUAUGUCAUCAUCUGCUUGUCUUGCUUUUCUUUUAUCAGAGUACAGUGUAGAUGAAUACUUAUAUAGUGGUGUGUAUACUUACUGUAACUGACACUUUUAUUUUGUUGUCAUUGAUGAAUAUAUAGACAUUAAGAUAGUGAAUUUAGUGAAUGCUAGAUUACUUUUUCUCACUCUUCUUUCUGUGUCCCACAGGUUUGGUUGAUGUGAACAGAGGAUAUUGCUAGAGGAUAUUGUAAUAAAGCCAACUUUUACACCAGAUACGCCUCUUUUUUUCAAAUUGUUCCCCUUUGGAGAAGUGAGAGAGGUUCAAACACUACACUAAUUACAUAUUAAAGGUUUAAGGGUACGUCCUGCCCCUAAUAGGUAGUUCUAAUAAUAAUAUUCUAAUAAAAUAUAUGCUCAUAUUCUCUGUAAGUGUGUAAAAGGAGCUUGUGUUCCACUGUAAGAAAUGUAAGACAUUUCGUAGCCCCACCUUGCUGAAAUUUAAAAAGGGACACAUAGAACGCCACUUUCCGACAAUAACUUUGUUACAUUUGUUACUUUGUUACAUACAAUACAAAACACUGUUGUGUUUUGUAUUGUAAUACCUGCUCUGAACUUCUUAAACCUUACCUACGAACCACGUAUUAUAAUGUUGACAAACUAAAACUAAUACUGAAACGAAUGGAAAAAUACAAAACUAUAAUAAGUCUGGAUACCCACUAAUCAAAACUAAAGAAAUAACAACAUACAUAUCAUCCAUACAACAUAAAUAACUGGUACAUGUGCUUCCUGCUGUGCUCUUUGUUAUCCAGCUGGUGGUGGAUCCACGGCCUUUAGCACCUCACUCCACUCCUCUUCCCUCUCUCUCCACCUCCCCUCCUUACAGGCAUGUCUGCACAAUUAAAUAUCCUGAUAAAUAAAAUAUAAAUCUGAUGCACAUGAAACAUGCGCCCACGCACGCACGCACGCACACACACACACGCAGCCAAGUAGAGGAUUGCAACUUAAUUUAAAUCGCUUUAAAUAAAAUCCCAUGAUCUCUAAAACGGUGGGCAAAAAGACCUAGACGAAUGGAAAUCUCAAAAACUUAAACUGCUGCCUUUAUUUUUAGUUUUGCUAGUUUUGCUUUGUAUAGUUCAAUAUUUGUGAAGCAAACUGCUCGAUGACCUUGAUAUAGUUAUUGAUAAUCAAAAAAUAUCUUGAUUAUCUUCAACUGUAUAAUAAGAUCCACUUUAUUUUUGUGCAACGAUAUAGAUGAAUGAAAAGCUAUAUGGACAAUGUUCUGCAGAACUCAAUUCAUAAAAUGUUCAGAUUAUUUGCCAUCCCAGAGCCUUGGCACCUGUUUCAUUUUGUCAUUUGUUAGUUUGUUACGCCUUUUAUUUCCCUCCUGUCACAUUGUCACUGUUGUUGUGUUGAAAUAAAAGUGACUACAA